GAGGAUUCCAAGCAGUGAAGACUGUCCUCCGCGAGGGUGAGUGAGGCUGUUGUCGCUACGUUCACUUUCUACUACUUAGGCGCAGUUAAACAUCCAUUCUGGCUUCAUUUUAAUCUACACUAAGUGCUCGAGAAGGUAUCAUAUUGUUAACGUAUCGCCUGCUUAGAUUCGUAAGUCGAGGGAAAAAAAGGAGCUGCGAAGUAGGAGAGCGCGGUAAUCGCCAUUUUGUGCAUUGAACAACUGAAGGGGGGUUUAUUUGUGUCGAACAUGGCGGAAGCAGACCGGCCGGGAAAGCUGUUUAUCGGCGGGCUGAACAUCGAGACCACGGAGAAGGCCCUCGAGCAGUACUUCGGCAAAUAUGGCAGGAUUUCCGAACUUAUUUUGAUGAAAGACCAUGAAACUAACAAGUCGAGGUGCUUUGCGUUUGUGACGUACGAGAACCCAUCCGAUGCAAAGGACGCGGCACGGGAGAUGAAUGGAAAGUCUCUUGAUGGAAAGUCUAUUAAAGUGGAGCAAGCAACCAAACCUCAGUUUCAGUCCGGGGGUAGACGAGGGCCACCCAUGCGCAGUCGUGGUCCACCUAGAGGCAUGCGCGGGUCCAGGGGGGGUAUGAGAGACUACUAUGACGACGGUGGAGAACCCUACUUUAAAGGGAUGAAGCGAGGACCUCCUAUGCGCAAUGGAGGUCCCCCAGCCAAAAUGAGCAGGCCCUCCAUGUCAAGGGACAGGGACCCCUAUGGCCCACCUCCUCGCAGAGACUCCAUGAUGUCCAGGAGGGAUGACUAUCCUUCACCCAGAGAUGACCACUACAGCUCAAAAGACAGCUACUCGAGUCGAGAGUAUAGCUCAAGAGAUUCACGGGACUAUGGACCUCCUCCCAGAGAUUAUUCAUACCGUGACUACCCCAGUUCCAGAGAUGACUAUGGCUCAAUGUCAAGAGGCUACAGUGACCGUGAUGGCUAUAGUGGAGGCAGAGAUUCCAGAAGCUACACGGACCGCCCAAGUGGUGGUGGUGGCGGCUCAUACCGAGAUUCUUUUGAUGGUUACGGUAACUCUCGCAGCGGCCCACCUUCACGGGGCCCGCCACCGUCCUUUGGUGGGGGCGGCGGAAGCGGUCGUUACGAUGACUAUGGCAGCAGUUCCCGAGAUGGCUAUGGCGGCCGUGACAGUUACAACAACAGUCGGAGUGACCCGUAUCCACCUCCCAGAGGCGAGCGAAUGGGUAGGCAAGAGAGGGGCCCCGGUCCCCCGGUUGAGAGAGGAUACCCUCCUCGCGAUUCGUACAGCUCAAGCCGCGGCGGACCGCGUGGCAGCCGUGGAGGCCACCGAGCUGACAGAGGCAUGGCUCGCAGCAGAUACUAAAAUGGACAUGGAAGUCUACAUGUUAAUCUUCGUGCACCCUUCAACGUGUUGUGGGAGCAGUUUAUCAAACAAGCCACCAUGUCUAAAUCUGUGAAGUUUAGGUUUAAAUUGUGUCUUUUGACUUUUUUAUUUUUUAUCUGUAUUUAGCUUAUUCAUACAACAGUACAGUUACCCAGUGCUUUUGUACAUUCAGUUAUUUUUAAAACCUGCAAUGCCCUCUAAGUCUGGCUUUUCCUACUCCAAUAAAGCUGUUAGUUGUACCCUGA